UGCUCCCGAGGAGGUAACGGUUGCUCUUAAUUAACUCGAUUCCCGCUGCAGAUUAUAAACGUAUGCCAUUAUAAGGUUGUCGACCCACAUGUAAGAAAGUUCACUGUGGAAACAAUUCCCAAGUAUUAAUAAAACAAAUGUUUACAUUUAUUAGAUAAGCCGUAAGUUAAAAACCAGAAGGGGAAAAAGAGACAAGGAGAGGAAACAAAAAAAGGAUACCGGUAGUAAACAUACAUUAAUUUUACCUUUGUACACGCAUCGGUGGAUCUCCUUUCACUCGCUUGGGAAGUUAACAAAAAAUAUGCAGUUGUCCGCGAUACAUUUGUCAAAAUUUCACUGAUCUUUUUCAAUUUAAAACUUUUCGCAUUUCUUUAAAUUGUUUCAAUUUUCAUGAUAUCUUAUCUUUAUAUACCAAUUCAACAAUAAUAAAACGAAAUUAAUAAUAAUAAUAAUGAUAAUAAAGUUGCAUUCCACGGUCUAUUUAUACUCGAAAUGUAGCAACACUAGACAAAACAUUGAAGGUUUCAUACAAAAUUAUGUUACAAUCGAACGAUGACGUUCAUAACAAAAAACGCGCAGCAAGACUUGGGCAAUUCUGCUCCGAAAUAAAAAUAUUCUACCACCUUUAUACGCGCGAGAUAAGUCACCUACGCAAUCGAAAUUCCUGGAGAAGAAGGCGAACGUUAUCGGCGUUAUUGUCACGGAUAAUUGAGAACGAAAAAAUGCCUUUCCUUCGCACGAAUUCAUCGUGCUAUAAUCGUUCCCGGAAUAGCAAUCAAGUUAUCGCUGAGCCCUUUUUAUUUUUGAUUUCGACGAAAAUCUAAUCGCUGACAAGCCGUAACGAAACCCGCAUAGCCUCACUUUUCUUUCGAAAAUUACGAAACGUUGUGUCAGGUGCAUUGAUUUUACGCGUACAAUUAAACCACCAGGGAUUUUAACCAACCAGAAUCGCGCGGCUACGUCUAACUUUUUACUUCUCUUUUUCGAAUAACCGUAACUCAUUCGGUCUCGUGGCUCGCGCUCAUUCCCGCGCGCAUUGCAUCGUGCCGCUUCAGUUGUCGCUAAUCAACGAGUAAGCCCGUGCAAUCCAAGAGAAACUCGACAUUUCUUUCCGAUAUUAUGCAAAAAUUUAUCCCCGCCAGUUAAGUCAUUGUUUAACGACGUCUAUGCCGCUGCACUUGGCCGGCAGUCCUCGUGGAGUUCUCAGUCGCGAAAGUUCCGUGCGACUCGCCAACCUGAUUUCUCGGCCGCGUGCUUUGAUAAACAUAACUUCCACGAUGGAACUUUGUAAAUUAUUCUUCUGACUCGCGUUCGAUUAUUAUUCCGAUAAUCUCUCAUCCUUUACUCUGCAACUGCAAUAACAGGCCGAUAAAACGCAGCCUGCGAUUCGCGAUGUGAAACGAACCACCAUACACCAUGAUAUAAACACCAUGUUAAAUUCCACGAAUAAAACGAAGAAACUAGCUCUAAAGGAAACUUGUUGACUACCUGAAAACUCAUCUGUCUAACAAGCCAGAGGCUACAGAGUGAAGUGUCUUGAUUACACCACCAUCUAGAGCGGCCCGACGUGUACCUGGAUCCAAUGUGCGGCUUGCAACUGUCGAGCAUCGACUAGGCGUCUCCCAAGAUGAAAUCGCGAACGCGAAUAUUAAUCCUGUGCUUACUGUGCGCGUCUCAAGUCCUGUCGGAAGAGAUCAUCGAGUUCGGAAGGAGAAUCUCGGUGCAAGACAAAGACUCACCGAAAAAUGCUACGCGGAAGAAUAACGUGGCCGAUGGACUGGACGCGAGCAAGUACCGCGACAAAAGAGCUCUGGGUCUUCUGUUGUCGGGCCUGGCCCAAAUUUUCGGAUACACGGUGACGCCGAUUCAGCUGGCGUCUUUGCCCAACCCGAACGUGACGAUGUCCGCCGCGAUGCCGAACAGCACUGCGAUGCGCAACGUAACGGGACCGCAAACCGCGUCUUCGCAACCUAUGUCGAUGAACACCACCGCGCCGAGGCGACAGGAGACCAUCAGGUUCACCGGUGUGGUGAACUUCGGCAACAACUCGGACGUCGUAGGGCACCUCCAGCGCUAUGAGCAAAUCUUCCACGGUCGAAACAACACGAGACCUCCGAUGAUGACGAUGACGACCUCGCGACCCGCCACGUCGAUGCCGAAGCCGGCCAUGAACCACUCGAUGGAUCUGAGAAUGGGCUCGCCGACCAGACCGCCUCUCCUGACGCCGUUCUUCGUGAAGAUCCCGUUGCCGAUCGCGCCUGAACUCUUGGCGACCACGAUGUCCAUUGAGGAUUUGAAUCUGUCGCAUCCUGGCCCGCUUUUUACAAUCGCGAGAGAGUCACAGAGGGAAGAGGAAGACGCGUCGCCGGAAACGCCGGUCCGGAAGGAGCAGGAGAUGGUGUACAAGAGCAACGAGGACACCGAACGAUACACAGUGGAGGAAAAGGAGAUUUACGACGAGAAGGACGUGAUGAAGCCGGUGAGCAAGUAUACUCAUCGGCUGUACGUCGACGAGCCGAGCUUGAACAGGCAGCAGAAUGAGAGAUACGACGAAGUGCAGCGCAAGCAGCAGGAAUACGUCGCGAGGAUGAAGGAGCACGAGGCGCAACGAAAUCGUGACCAGGACGACUACGACAGAGAGGACGAAAUCAAGGAGAGGCACAGGAGUCGCGGGCAAGAGAUCGCCGAUCGAAAUCGGGACCACGCUUCCAAGUACUCCUCGGAGGAGUACUCGGAAGAGAGGAGACCAAUCUCGUACGAAGAUGAGACGGACGAAGAGUCCGCGGAAGAAUACAAGGAGCGCGCAGGCCAGGCGGAUCAUUCGAACGAGUCUUCGGAACGGCCGGCAGAAACGGAAGAAAGACAGAAGACCGAUUACCCGGAUUACGAAGACGACGAGUCUGGCGACAAACAGUCCGGCGGACACAAGCAACAGGAGAACCAGCAACUACCGCCCGACCUUGAGAAGCACCUAGAAGUGGCGUACAACCAGCAAUUACCGAUCGGCGAUUACUUCCACGAGAGUAACCCCGAAGAGAUUCGCGACAGCUACGGCGAAGUGUUAAACAAUAAAAAACAGCAGGACGACCGGCUUUCCGGUUACUUCAGCAUGUUUAAACAUCCUCAUGAUUAUCAGCGAAUUCAAAAUCCCAAAGACGCGUCGCAAGAAGCCAAGACACAAGAGAUCAUCGACAACGGUUACGACGAGCACUUGAAGAGAGUAGAGAAGCUACGUGAAGAGUACGCGUUACCCGCUCCAGAGAGCAAAUACGAAGAGUACGAAAUAAACAACGAAGACGAAGCGGACAGGAGCAGCAGGCAGAACGAGGAAGAUGAAAAUCGUAGCGCGGCGAGGUCGAAGAGUCCCAAGACGGGGCGUGUCCGCGGCAAAGAGGACGUUCGCGCGAAAACGGCCGGGGCAAGCAAGAAUCAGCUUCUGCGUGAGUCCGAGGACGUCAAGUCGCAGGAAGAGCUCGAUCUCACCAAGUACACACCUCUGAUCGUGCCUGUACGCUACGUCGAUGCGAACGACCGAGUGGAGCAAGCGAGCACGCGCCGACUGAAGUACAAGGAUGCGGAGAAGAAGUCGGAUAACAGUCAAGUUCCCUCAGAUAAAGGUAAACCCACGACCAAAAAGACGCCGACACCGCUAGUCACAGGCUUGCCUGAAAGACCACGACAAUUGCACGAGGGCGAGCACAAGGAGCUUCAGUUGUGGCCGCCGCCUUUCGACUACGCCUUCGACAGCACGGAGCAAACGAACACUAUCGCCCCGGUGAAUCCAGACAACUACCCCUUGAACUAUUAUCAGCACAUUAUGACGAACAUCGCCGAUAAUGAUGCGAACAACGAUAAAUCCUCGGACGAACCUUCCGGCUACCUGGUAGUCGUCGGCAAUCCUGCGCAUCCGUAUCAGUAUCCUUACAACGUUUAUUAUUUCCCUAAGGACGCGAUAAAUCCACAGGAUCAAGAUUCUCAUUUGAAUGCCGAAACCACGCAUCAUCAGCAUCAUCCGCAUCAUCCGCUUCGGCAAAACGCUGGCCAACAAUCCACCCAAGCGAAUCUUAAUCCCAUCGAUUAUUCGAAUAAUCAUAACGGAAGCACGAAGAAUCCUCACAACUAUUACUAUCAAGCUUCAGAAGCUCCAGCUGACGUUCUCGAUCGUUAUAGAUACGCUUUUGGAGAGUACGCGUCUGAAUCCAGCGAGCUGCCCAACGUCGAUGCAAGAAAACCAAUUUCUAAUACCGAGAACUGGUCCUACAGGAUACAUCCAUCGCAAUCGCGAAGUAACCGGCUAGUGAAUCAAACUCCGCCGACUCCCGCACAGCUGCAGAACGUUAAGCCUUCGAAUCAACACACGCAAAGAGCGUCUUCUGAGCAAAAACGUUAUCCGGAGUCGGGGAGAAAACGGAAGAGUCCGCGAUUGCAAGGCCAACAUCAGGAUAACCGAAAGGCACAAGCUCCUUCGCGACAUUUAGUCCCAAGAAGGCAACCUUUCGAUGAUCCUCAAAGCGCGCACGACUUCUUCGGUUUCAGCAGGAACGAUUAUAGCUUCGACGGGGAAAGCGGCAAUGCGUCGGAAGUCGCCAAGGGGAACGACAAAAAUGCAAAGGAGUCGCACGUGUUCGGUGCACCGGAACCGACCGUUUAUCACUACGACGAAAACACGGCGAAACACACCGAUGAACUGGAAAAUGAUACAGAGAAAGCCAUAGUUAGGGAAUACAGGAACAAAGUGGCGACCUUGAAAGUGUCGGAGCAGAGACGAUCGAGUCCCAACGGGCCGAUUCAUUACGUGGACUUUACACGCAAUAUUUAAUGGCAACAUAUCAUUAAAGAGAAAAGAAAGUCUAAUAUAAUACACGGUGUCUUGCGAGAAGAUAUUGCAUAUCUGAUAAUAUUUGAGUGCGUUAUUGAUAAAAUA